AUGUCCUUCAACUCCACUCAAUCCUAUCAAAGCCACGCCGCCUAUAACCCGAUGGCCGCAAUGAGCGCUCCCGCGGGUACGUUCCUGCCAGGAACCAAGGUCCAGGUGGGAGGUCAUCGCGUUGUGGUGGAUAAGUACCUCUCCGAAGGUGGAUUUGCCCACGUCUACGUCGUUAGGCUUCCGCAGCCCAUCGAUGGAGUAGACCGGGCCGUCUUGAAGCGGGUGGCCGUCCCGGACAAGGCAGCCCUUGCCAAUAUGCGGACGGAGGUCGAGACGAUGAAGAAAUUGAAGGGACACAAGCACAUUGUCAAGUACAUCGAUUCCCAUGCGUCUCAGCUGCAAGGGGGCGGGUUCGAGGUCUUCCUGCUCAUGGAGUUCUGCUCGGGCGGAGGUCUGAUCGACUUCAUGAACACGCGGUUGCAGAAUCGCCUGACGGAGCCGGAGAUCAUCCAGAUCUUCGCGGACGUCGCGGAAGGCGUGGCCUGCAUGCACUACCUCAAGCCUCCUCUGCUGCACCGCGAUCUCAAGGUCGAGAACGUGCUCAUUUCCCGCCAGGGGAGAUCCUCCAUCUACAAGCUGUGCGAUUUCGGCUCGACCGCGCCUCCUCGUCCCGCGGCUACCUCCGCCGCUGAGGGUCGUCUGAUCGAGGACGAUGUGCAAAGACACACGACGCUGCAGUACCGCAGUCCGGAAAUGAUCGAUGUCUAUCGGAAGCAACCAAUUGAUGAGAAGAGUGAUAUCUGGGCCCUGGGGGUCCUUUUGUACAAGCUGUGUUAUUACACUACCCCGUUCGAAGAGGUUGGACAGAUGGCCAUUCUGAAUGCCAGCUUCAAAUUUCCCCCCUACCCGAUGUUCUCGGAUCGCCUGCGGAUGCUCAUCUCCUGGAUGUUGAAAGAGAACCCGCAAAAGCGACCUAAUAUUUAUGAAGUAUUGCGCGAAGCUUGUCACAUGCAAGGAAAGGACGUUCCAAUCCGAGAUAUCUAUGCCACUCGCUCCACGUCGGAAGCGCGUCGGUACCAGGAACUUCCACCUUCUCCAACAGAAGCACCCCAAGUGGGUGCUGUGAUCUCUCCUCCGAUCCAAGAGACCCAAACCAGUAUCCCGGAGAUUGCGCCCAUGCGACGAGGACGCCCGACUCGGCCGACGUCGACUUCGCAACACAACUCUGCGAAGCCGAGUCCCUCGCCUUUCCGGGGGACCUCUUCCACCGACCCCUUUGCCAUUCUCGAUUCGGGAAGCGGCCACAAGUCUCGGAAUUCAACCGACGAGUUCACGAAUCGAUUCCCGUCCUUGGACCAUUUCAAUAUUCUGCACGAGAAAGGGGGCAAGUUUGACUUCGAGCCCAGCGUGGCGGAAGCUCAAGAGGACGAGGACCUCUCACGGCGGCUUACCAACGCCCUUGCCGACGAUGCUUUUGUCAAACGCCCUUCGUCGGAGAAUGAACCGGUCCCGGAGCCACCGGUGCAGAGGCGCCCUCAGCCCUCUCCUCUGAAAACCAGACCGGUCGAGCCCCCGAAGGAGGAGCCGAUUCGCCCGCAGGUACCACUGUACCAGCCUGUUCCCCAGAAGCCCACCAUGGUUUCGACGGGUACCAUGACCUCGCCCCCUGGUACGCCGGGCUUGUCUGAGGCGAAACCAUCCAGCCGACCGAUCUACAAAUUCGCGUCGUCGGACCAUCAACGCCGUCCAUCCAGCCAACCUUGGUCCGGAGACAACGAGCAGCGGUCACAGAGACCAAGCAAGGCCCCUUCGCCGACGCGAUCGUCCUCUAACCUCGCGCCCAACCCUCGAAUCUCCGCUGACCGGAUCUCGGAUCUCUCGACCUCCUCGUCCCGACCAUCCCUGGAGGGCUUGCGACCGACGAACUUGGACGUUGACGACCCCGUGGGCCGGUCCAAGUCGGCCAACGGCAAAUCUCGGCCCGUGUCGAUGCAUGCAGGGGCCAAGUUCGAGUCCGGACGUGGCUCCGAAAGCGCGCGCUCUUCGCUUGAUCUACCCAGACCGUCCUAUGAAAUGGGAGUGCCGCUGCAACACGCGCGCACCGAGGUGGACCAGAAUCUCGAUCGGGCCAACAUCUCGUCCGAUAUCGACUACCUGCGGGCGCGAGAAGAAGAGAGCAACCGGAAACGAGAGAAGCGGUAUAGCGGAAGUUCCAAGCACACGAAGCGGUCGAGUCUGUCGACGUUGUCGCUCUCGGGCACCAAGAACCGCUUUGCCGGUCGGUUUGGCGAGGCGUUCCGUCGAUUCGAGCAGACCAACUCCGACAGUAAACCGCAGUCGCCCGCCGCCGAGGACCCCCCCAAGCAAUUCCUGUCGGUGACCGCCUCCGAAGUGGUGGAGCCCCCGGCCGAAAUCAGCGACGACGAGAACGACGACAUCUCGCCCGAGAUGCGCCGGGAACUUGAGCGGCGGCGUCUCUCGCAGGAGGAGAAACGGGUGGCCAACGCCGCCGCCGAAUACCGUCGCCAAGUGGCCGAAGGAAGUGGCCGCGGCGACACGCCGCGAUCGCUUGCGAUCCAGGGGCGCGUGAAGACUCUGCUGGCCGAAGGCAACAAGCCGGCGCCGCCCCCGAAGACGGCGACGGGUUACGGACGGUACACCGAGGAAUCGCCCAGCGCUUUGCAGGCAAAGCAGGCGGAGGCGCGUCCCGAGCCUCGAUUGAACACCCGAGCUGCCGUCCCCGCAGCGUACGGGUCGCUGCAGAACCAAUCCUCGCCGGGGGCGGAUCGAUGGGAGAGCCCGUCGAGUCUUCCCCGACAAGAGACGGCGCGCACCGGAACGGCACGACCGGCGGCUCCCCCGAAACCGAAGAACCUGCGGGCAAUGGGACAGGAAAGCGGUGGCGGCGAUGAUCGCAGUCCCAUCAUGCAGGAGCCCCCCAGUGCGGGUGAGGAUUGGGAGGCCAACUUCAGCCGUCGAUACCCUAGUCUGUCGGGGCUCGAAAUGGUGGAGACGGAAAUCGAGGCGCCCAAAUUCCCUAGCCUGCGGACCCGGGAAGUAUAA